GAAGCUUGGCCCGGCUCGCUGUCAUCCGCGGAGCAGGGAAGGGCAUGACAUGACAUGACAUGGAUCUAAAUUUUCCCAUGUACUGUUAUAUAUGCGUCGUAGCCUGUUAGAAACAUACAAGCAUUUUGGGAUUUCUGUGCACCUCGGCAGCGGUCCUUUCUGCUUUCGACAUCUUUCAAAGAACAGUGGCUAGCUAACUGGCUGGCUAGCUUGUAAGUUUACUGUAACUGUUAAAGGCAGCGAGUGGAGACAGAAAGCCCUCCGCAUGGCGUUAAUCCUGUUUACGAGGUCCCGGGCACCUUUAAUGAAAACAUCCCGAUCUUUAAAGAACGAAUUCCGGAAAAGUAAAGGGAAACUACAAGAUGGUGCCUGUUUCAACUGCACAGCCCUCAGACUCUCCAGUCAGAAACUUGAUGGACUCCAACUCGGCAGUUUGGCCCAGGUCUCCUCAUUCGCUCCUUCCCUUCCCUUGUCGGAUGGACAUGUGGGUCCCAGCCAGAGCCCAGACUCGCCACGGCUCUACUGUGCUUUUGUCUUGGGGGCCUCGUCUUCCCUGUACGCCUCGGCCACAACAGGGGCCCAGUGGACUAUAGCACGACCACAGGACAUCUCUGGUGUAAGGUGGAUACACACUUCGAGGAGGAGAUGGGACGACUCAAAGGUGGAGAAAUCACUGCGUUCUCUAAAGGACAAGAAGAAGCUGGAGGAAGGAGGGCCGGUGUACAGUCCCACGCUCGAUGCAGAGCCUGUGAGAAGGACAAUCCGACAGCGGGUUGUAGAUGAAAUCAAACACUACUACCAUGGCUUCAAGCUGCUGUGGAUUGAUACCACCAUUGCUGGGCGAAUGCUGUGGAGGGUGCUGAACGGACACAGCCUGUCCCGACGUGAGAGGAGACAGUUUCUUAGAACUUGUGCAGACGUCUUCAGACUUCUACCCUUCCUGGUGUUCAUCAUUGUUCCCUUCAUGGAGUUCCUGCUUCCUGUAGCUCUGAAACUCUUCCCCAACAUGCUGCCGUCCACCUUCGAGACACAGUCUAAGAAGGAGGAGAGGUUGAAGAAGGAGCUCAGGGUCAAACUGGAGAUGGCCAAGUUCUUGCAGGACACCAUCGAGGAGAUCGCUCUGAGGAACAAGGUGGCUCAAGACAGCGUGACAGAGGAGUUCUCCACCUUCUUCCAGAAGAUCCGGGACUCCGGGGAGCGUCCCAGUAAUGAGCAGAUCAUAAAAUUCUCCAAGCUGUUUGAGGAUGAGCUGACUCUGGACAACCUGACCCGACCUCAGCUGGUGGCUCUCUGCCGUCUCCUGGAGCUCCAGUCCAUCGGGACCAACAACUUCCUCCGCUUCCAGCUCAUCAUGAAGCUGAGGGCCAUCCGCGCAGAUGACAAGCUGAUCGCAGAGGAAGGAGUAGAGAGUCUGAACGUGAACGAGGUGCAGGCAGCCUGUCGCGUCAGAGGGAUGAGAUCUCUCGGAGUCACAGAGGAACGACUGAGAGAGCAGCUCAGCCAGUGGUUGGAGCUGCACCUGAACCAACAGAUCCCCACCUCUCUGCUGCUGCUGUCUCGGGCCAUGUACCUCCCUGACACACUGUCUCCUGCUGACCAGCUGAAGACCACACUGCAGAAUCUCCCUGAGGUGGUGACGAAGGAGGCCCAGUUGAUGGCGGCAGAGAUGGAGCUCUCCAAAGUGGACAAUAAGACCAAACUGGAGACGACGCUGCAGGAGGAGGCGGCCAUACGCCAGGACAACAAGGACCGUGAGAUGGAGAGGUUGGCUGACGCUGCAGAGAAGGUUGCCAGGGAGGGUGAGCUGGAGCUCGAAGCAGAGAGGGCGAAGCGCAGUGAGACAGAGCCGGCAGUGUCCAAGGCUGACGCGGCUGCUCAUUCAGAGACGCUGAGGGACACAGCACCUGUUAUAGAGGGAAUCAAGGAUGAGGAGAUCACCAAAGAAGAGAUUGACCUGUUGAGUGAUGCCUGCUCAAAGCUGAAGGAGCAGAAGAGGCUGUUGACUCUGGAGAAAGAGGAGCUGGAAGAACUGAAGGAUGAUGUCCAAGAAUACAAUGAGGAUCUGGAGGAAAUAAAGAAGGAGCUCUCUAAGAGCGGCCAGGAGAAGACACUAGAGGAGUCAAAGGCGAGCCAGCGUCUGUCUAAGAGAGUGAACCGUAUGAUCGGUCGCAUCGACAAGAUCAUCCUGGAGCUGGAGAAGGACAAGGUCAUCCUGGACGGACAGAUGGACAGUGGAACCACCCCACCUGUCGGUCUGUUCUACACCUUCAGGGAGAACCUCAUCAGUAUUGACGAGCUGAUCAGCGUCAUGCGGCAGAUCCAGAACAUUCCAGAGCACAAGCUGCAGAGCAUCGCCGAGGCGCUCGACGACAACAAGGACGGGAAGAUCGACAUCGAUGACGUCAUCAAAGUGGUGGAACUGAUUGACAAGGAGGACAUCGACAUCUCCACCUCUCAGGUGGCUGACAUCAUGGUGAUGCUGCAGAAGGAGGAGAAGCUGAUGGAGAAGGAAAAGGCCAAAGAGAAGGCGGAGAAGGAGCAGGCAGCCACGCUCAAGAGCUAACUCGUUUUCCUUAAAAGACACAGAGCACUCGUAAAAAUGAUGGUGAGAAGCUUGUGAUUGGUACCCGGCCACAGGAAACUCUGGACACCAGAUCAGUCUGGACAAAAGAGUCGCAAGGUAAUGGCUGCAUUCUCAAAAUGUCACCUCACCAUAAAUUGAGCUCCUACAAAUUUGUUUAAAAAAAUGAAAAAGAAGGCUCGUUGCCUUUGAAACGCACAAAAUCCAAAAGAAACUUAAUUUGCCGUAAUGCUAAGCUCUUGUGGACUGACCAUGUAAUAUAUGUUGAUAUUUGGUUUUGUGUAAUUUUACUCAAGAAUUUGUUAACACAGGGAACAGAAUGACAUGAAACCAUGGUUGUUCUCCCAACUUAAAAGUUGGCAAAGGAAGAAAAUUGAUCCAAUGAUUGGAAAAUAUAUGAGGAGAAUAUAUUAUUUAAUGUCUGUGAAGAUUCUCAGUCAUCCAGGUCAUGGUUUUCCAAGAAAAGUUAAAUCGAGGGCGACGGGACUUGGUUGUAGAUCUCGUAGACGUUUCCUCCCCUUCCUCAGCUCUGGAAUCGUUUAAAGUUUGAGGUGAACCGUCUUGCCUUUCAUUUCAUUCGUGUCAUCAUCUCAGAGAAAUGAGAGAUCAUUUCUAAACUUUGCACAGUAAAACUCACUGUCAUCACUGUCAUUCCACUGAGUUUCAUACCUCUUAGAUUUCGUUUAUCCAUGAUAUUCCCAUAUUGUAAAGUGACUUGUUAUUUUCUCUGAAUUGUACCUGGACAGGUAGCUCACUGCCGGUUAUAGGAUGUUUAAAUGGUGGCUGCAACCAAAGACAUCGUUAGACACACACAACAGAAAUUCAUAAAAAUUACUUCAAAAGCAUCAAAUUGUUUGUGCAGGUUUAAAGAGUUGAAUUUAAAAAAAUUAUAUAUAUUCAUUCUAACAAAAAAAAAGCAUAGAUUUAGGCUCAUUACCUCUAAAAUAAAAAAAGAAGAGGGAUUGUGCUGUAGAAGUUUUGAAGUUUGCCAAAAAAAAGCCAAGGACUGAAGUUAGCAACAUCUACAUCAAUAUAAAAAAUUACUGUACAAAUUUGUAAUUUCUUUUAAUUUUGUAUUUAUCACAUAAUAAUCAUUUGUCUCAUUCUAGCACAGCUCUUCAUGCUUUUUCCUGUGCUCAACACAAGUGUCUGUAAAAUGCCAAAGCUGCACUGUGGCACAUUUAAUAACAGAUUCUGAUUAUUCCUAAAAUCAACAAACAAACAAACAAACUAAUAAAGGCCAACAGAUAUUUUUCAGUUCAUGGCCACUAAAACAGCCCACCAAUCAAAUAUUAGUCAGUUGUUGCUGUUGCUGCCAUUGACUUUUAUUUUCCACUAGUUCCUGUUUCAGAGCUGUCAGUUGUUCGGAGUUUAUCUGGUCAGAGGGUAAAAGCAGCUUUUUGUGAUUGUUAGUUAAAUUUGAUAACCGUGGUAAUCCGGACCUUCAUGGGUUAAAUGCAAAGUGGCCUUCUCUUGACGCUGAUGUUAUGGAUUAUAUACCGUCAUAUAUUUUUUAAGAAGACAAAAGAGCUCUGAUAUUCUUUACACUUGAUGUAAUAUAGUUUUUGGGUUGAAGAAGUCUGGAUGAAUUCAGGUGUAGAUGAGGUGGGCUGAAUUUCAGGCACAUACUGAGUCCUGUGUUUUGUUCUUUGCACUGUAGCCAUGAAUGUGUGUCGGCUGGAAAAUAGUAUUCCUCACGACAAAGUGAUUUCAGAUCAUGUCUGAGUCAGCUACUCAAAUCCAUCCUACAUCCUACAAUUACAGCUAGAACUAAUGAUUCUUUUGAUACUGAUAUUUGUUUAUUAAAUUAUUUAAUUUAAAAAAAUGUCAAAGAAACCUGUGAGAUUUGCCCAGGGUAAGAGGCUUGGUUGGAAAAAACUGGGAAGGUCUGAAUGAUUCCAGGGCAGAUCUUUGGUUUCUAAAACUACGGUUGUUUGCUUAUUAAGAAAACCAGGUUGCUCUGCUCUAAAAAGAUGUCGUUUGUCAUGUUGCCUGCAGUGUGAACCCACAGAGGGUCGAUCCACCUUUAUCUGCUGAAUUGAAUAACUGACAGUUAGUUAGUUUGUGGCAUUGGCCAGCCCUCUGUUAUUCCUCCACAGUAACUGGAGAAGAGCUCAGGUGUAAACAAGGAUGACAGAGUGGUGCUUGAGAUAACGCUGAGUGGACGACGCUCCGUUUAAUCCAUUCCCGGAAUCCGCUGUCAUGCGUGCAGAUGAUUAAGAGCUCGUUCGUCUUCCAUCAGGGACUGCCCCGGUUCAGACCCAGCGCUGCCUGACAGGGCGAGGGCUCUGCUUCGCCUGGGUCCAGUCAGACUGAUGGGUGCAGGGUAAACACUCGCCCCAUACAUGGGCCAAAGCCAGCUCGGCUGGAGGGUUGUGUUUAGGUUAGAGACGCUCCGGCGGGACAUGGCAUGCUCUCUGCCGCAUAAAUCAGCCGCCAGUUUAAACACGUCGGAGGAACGUUGUGACAACUUCUCGAUUACACUCGGCAGAAGAGAGUGGUGUUUGUGUCCCUGCGCCUGACAGGUCGGGCUCAGGGGGAGCACUGUGUACAUGAGUAGCACUGCCACUGUUUCUAGGCAUACAGGGGUCAAAGGUCAAGAGGAGGAGAAGGGGACACAGGGUAUGUGAGACUGAUGGAGAUCAAUGCCCAGAGUUCCAGGGACAGAAGUGUCUGAAAUGGACAGAAUUGGAAUUUAAAGGCCACUGUGUCAACACAGCAGGCUCCAUCAUCCAAGUAAUGCAUGUAUUUGCAUAAUCCUGUAUGAUGUAACGUCCAUUUUCUGUUUCUGGUUCUGUGAUAGUUUUCUAGUUUUAAAAUCUUCCUCAUUUUUGUAUUUCAUUACAAAAUACAUUUAUACAAUUAGUAUUUUAGCCACACAGUCAGUGAUAUGAAUGACAGUCAUAUUUCCCACAUGCUACCAGGAUGUGAUUAUGAUAUAUGAAAACCUGUCAAACCUUGAAAUGGUUCAAGAAAAUCCUGGAUAAAAAUAACAUUUACUUUUUGAAACGGAACAUGUAGAAACCCUGAUAUGAUUAUCAGAAGAAUGCCACAUGCCAGUCACUGAACAGAGACUUGAAACAAAAAUCACAUUUGCUUUUAUCUCCAAAACACAGACAUCUCUCAACCUCAAAACAAAGGCCUCUGCAGCCGUGCAUGGUGGGUAAUGAUUGUGCGUCCUCGUCUUUGGCUGCAGCGUGAGGAGUCGAGUUCUCGGCUCACCGCUGGCAGCAGUGUUGCACUGUGUUGUUUAAGCUGCUGCUGUCUUAAAAAAAAAAUCACCUAAGAAAAGGAGAGGUACAGCUGGGAGAAGAAGCGUUUUGACAGUGAGCUGACAUCGGUCAUUUUUCAUCGUCAACCAGCUCAGCUCAGGCCAAGAGUCGUUUUCUGCCUCGCUUUUUUCCCCACAGUGAUUUCUUUUUGGCAUUUCAGUGUAGCAGGAAAAAAAAAAAAAAAAAGACAGAUUUUCGCCCACUGUCCUUAACUUUGACUUCUAUCUAAUGAGUAUUGCCACUGUGUAAAUGCACUGUUUUAUUUUUUGAUACAGUGGGUGUGUGUUAACCGGCUCAGGAUGUGAAUGUUCAGUCUGAUGUGGUUUCAGCAGGGACACUGGGUGUUGUAAUCUGCGACACAGGCCGUCCUAAAAGAUCCCUGUUGAGUUUGAGGAGCUGUGGAGUUUGUGUUCUAGAAAAACAUAUAUUUAUAGCAAUAAGUCAUUUAUUCAUCAUGUACAUUUUUUUUUUGAGGUGGGACGAGGGUUUAAAUUGUUGAAAAUAUAUUGUAAUAUAUGUGAUUUAGUGAAGAAACAGAGUCCACCUGUUAUCAGCAAGGAAGUAGACGCUGGAGCUAAAAAAGGAAAGAAGGUAUCCUGCGGAUUCUGCUUUUCUUCUGGACAUCAGGCUGAUGUUCUGCUUAUUUGGGGGGUGAUGUGCUUCUUCUUGAUUGUAUGUACUUUUUGGGAACAGAGGAACCCACUUUUUUCCCUCUUUUUAAGUAUUUUGCACCAGCCCUUUUUAAUCUCUAGAGGAAUGCUGCUUUUUGUAGAAUUGUAGAGUUUUUUCUGUCAGUGGACGUAAGGAGGAGAGCUAAGAAAAAAGGCAGCUGGAGACUGAACGUAGGAUCAGUAACAUGUUUAAAAUAAGGAAAAACUGGAUGCGGAGUCAGAGUCUGUCUCUCUGAACAGAUACAGACCUAAAGCACAAGCACAGACCUCCCUCAGGUUCAUACGAAGUUUCUGAAACAGAAACUGAAAAUUACAGUGAUAAAAACGUAGAAAACCUAAACAUACAUUAUAACUGUUUAACUGCAUCUUAAAUAGUAGUGCAGCCACCAUCCUUUUACACAGAAACCUUAUUGUCGAGGUGUGUUCAGGCAGAAGGCGAAGACAGUUUUUGCCUUGAAUUAGACCAUUUGCCAAUUUACCAAAUGUGCAGACAAUAGCUAUAAGCUAGCUAGCAACUGACACAACGGCUGUGUGUGUGUGUGUGUGGAGUGUAUCUGUGUGUGGAGUGUAUCUGUGUGUGUUCAGCUCAGCCUCUGUCUGAACUCAAAACUCAGCAGAAACUCACACAGAUACUCCCAAACUUUUUGGCUCAUGCAGACUCAUCGAUUCGCACCAGACAUAUUGAAUCAUACGUCAUGCUCUGUCUUAACCAUAGACUGUAGAUGAAGAUUUAGAAGUCUGUGGUUUUGUCCCUGGUUGAUAUUAAACCCCAAACAAAGAUCUCUGACGAAUACUAGAUCAGAUUCCUCAAUCAGGAAAAUCUCGGCCCAGUUUGAACGGUGAGGCGACGUGUUGCAGUAUAAUCUUUCUUGAUUACAUUAUGUUUAGAAAUGUAGGGGAAAAAAGUCAUUGACUCAGUAUAAGAUUUAGCCUAUUGGAGUUUUUGUUUUGAGAUAAUUGUCAUGUUAUUUAUUUAUUUAUUUAAUCACAUUUUCCAAAGGUUUUUUUUUUUUUUUUUUUCUUUUCAUCCAAAUGUAAGAUGUUGCACAGGAAAUGAUCAGGUACUGGAUUUGAUUUCAGUUUUAACUUGAAUCUCAAAUGUAUAAAAAGCUUCACUUUAAAAAACAAAAAAAAAAAAAAACACAAAUCAAGUGUAAAGAAACAUCAUUUACAAAAUUAAUC